AUGAUCACUCAAAGAGAAACUGUAUCGCAACGUGUAUCGUUGGCCUUGUCUCAGCGAGCAGCCCAAUUCGGACUGCUCUUGGAUGAUAUUUCCAUCACACACUUGUCUUUCGGACGCGAGUUCACAGAAGCCGUUGAAAUGAAACAGGUUGCUCAACAAGACGCAGAAAAGGCUAGAUACCUUGUCGAAAAAGCUGAGCAAAUGAAAAUUGCCGCCAUUACUACAGCUGAGGGAGAUGCGCAGGCGGCAAAACUACUUAGCAAGGUUCGUAAAUGCCUUUCGGUAUUUAUCUUUACCGAUUCGUUAUUGUUAUUUUAG